AUGGGUCACGGUAAUUCAGACAAGCUCUACAUCACCCACCGGGAGCAUGCUGGCGAGUUCGGCCAGCACACAGCUUCUUCUGGGUACAAAGCCAAGCAAGAAGGAUCGUAUACAAAGUCGCAAACUCCAUUUGACUGCUGUGCACUUUCUUUCCAGCCUUUCAAUCACCCUGUCUGUGCCCGUAACUCUGAUGGUACAGGAUUCGUGUUUGACCUCGUGAACGUAAUACCAUGGUUGAAACAACAUAACAACACGAACCCCAUUACUAAGGAGCCAUUGACCCCCAAUGACUUGAUCACACUACAUUAUUCUCGUAAAACAUCUGGAGAGAUUCAUGAUCCCAUUUCCUUUAAACCAUUCAGCGAACACUCACACAUUGUGGCUAUUGCCACUACUGGCAAUGUAUUCCUUGCAGAAAGCAUCAAGGGUGGCAAGGAUCUUCUAGAGGACAAGCAAUUUGCCAAGGCGGACGUCAUCACUCUUCAAAACCCUCAUGGUUUACCACCGACAUCUGCUCUCGUUGUAGGCGGUGCUGCUUCAAGAAAGGAAGCAGCGACUUCCAAACCAGCGGCCGUAAAGCCUGUAACCGACGUCAAGAGCAAAGCAGCAGUGCCGUGGAACGUUUCACCAUAUUCAUCCGGAGCCCAAGGAGCCUCCCUCACUUCAACGUCUGUAGAGCCUCAGGCAGAUUCGAGCAAGCUACUUUGGGAUGAGGAAGAGCUGAUGUUUGAGGAUAUGAUAAACCCUCCUAAAGGCAAGGGCAAAGAGAAAGAUGUAGGGAAACGCAGAGCUUACGUUCGUGUGGGUACCAGUCUUGGAGGUUCGCUGAAUAUCGAGCUUUUCUGUGAAAAGGCACCCAAGACUUGCUACAACUUCUUGAUGUUGGCAAAGGCUGGAAAAUACGACGAUUGCUUGUUCCACCGUCUUGUACCUGGUUUUAUGGUGCAGACAGGUGACCCCACAGGCACCGGCUCUGGAGGCGAAUCCCAUUGGGGGACACCUUUUAGGGACGAGCACGAUCUAAAAGGUGCAGCAAAACACGACAGCAGGGGCGUCGUCGCCAUGGCCAACAAGGGCGCAGGCACAAACGGGUCUCAGUUCUAUAUUACCUUCCGAGCUACCCCGCACCUAGAUAACAAACAUACUAUAUUUGGGAAGCUCGUAGGCGGGGAAGAUGUACUUGAUACGUUGGAGAAGUUACCUAGGAAAGACGGCACGGAAAGGCCAGCCAAACCUGUGAAGAUCACGGAAGUCACAAUCUUCCAGGAUCCAUUCGAGACGUAUAAAGCCAAGCUAGCGAAGAAGCUGGCGAGGCGCGCGGAGGCGGAGGAGAAGGCUCGGAACCCGUCCCAUCAGACGGAGAAAAAGUUCGGUGAUGAUAUCAACUGGUUUGGUACGAAGGUUGGGGCGGACGAUCCAUCCUUCACCACGAGCACGUCCGGGGCGUCAGUGGGAAAAUACUUGAUUGCGAAGAGGCGUCUCGAACAGGAUAAACCGACAUCUGCAAACGCUCUUGACGGAGACAUCAAAAAGAAGCGUAAGGUCGGUUUCGGUAACUUCGAAGGGUGGUAG